AUGGAUAAUACUGGUGCAACAUUACCUUCUCAAACAAGUCCAAAUCUCGGCAAUCCACUCAAUCCUCUUCCUAUUCCACCUUUAGCAUCCGAAGCACCUUCAACAACUACAAUCGAAUCGAUUGUUUCCACUCCGUUGGAGCCUGUAUUAUCAGCAACGGAACCGGCUCAUGAUGUUGCUCUCGCAUCAGCAACAGCAACAACACCAUCGAAAAACACUGAACAACUAUCUAAAACAGCUCUUCAAGCACCUGAUCAUCACAAACUCGAUAUCGAUGAUAGCGAUGAUCAUCUUGACAAAUCGAAAUCAUGCUGUUCAAUGUUAAACAAAUUACUUCUUGCCUUAGCUAUUGUUUGCUUUGCACUCCUUCUUUGUAGUCUUGCAUACAAUGUUCUCGUCAAUGUUAAAGGAUUAAACGGAAAAUACGAUGGUCAUGGUUGGUCAAGAAUCUACUAUUCUCCUAUAUUUGGCGGCGAAUUUCCACCUUCGGAACAAUCCAUCUCUCAAGAAUAUUUCAAUAUAAGUCACCCAACAAAUGGCGGUAUCAUCGUCGUACUAGCUCGUCGAGGCGCGGCUGUUCACGAUGUCUUAAUUCCUUACCAAGAUAAAAAUGGCACAAAAAAUUAUCGUUCAGUCGUUGUCAAAGGUGGCGAAGAGAAUAAUUUUGGUUCGGUUCGUUUUGGUUUUGAUGAUCCGAAGAAUUCCUUGGAUAUGACUUAUCAGUUACCACGAGAUUAUCCAUUGCUCAAUGCAUAUAAAGAAAACUGGCAAAUGUUCGCUGAUGAAACAAAACCAUAUCGUGUGCGUUUCACACGUGAUUUAAUUCAUAUCGUUUAUGAAUUCUCUUCGAAUGAUUCGAAUCAAUUCUUCAUGACAACGAUGGUCGCACCAGCCUCAAACGAAAAACUGACCGUUGAUCCAACAAAUAAUAUCUAUUUCAAUCUACGUAGUCAUGGCGAUUUAAGCACACACAAUUUGAAUUUGAGUUCAUCCGAUCCAAUUGAGAUUUCCAAUGGACAAAAAAUGGAACCAGAUCGAUUAAUUCAAGCUCAACCUGUCAAUCGAUUAACCAAUGCAAAUAACUAUUUCUACAAACUUGAUCGUGCCGGAAUUGGAAAGAAUUACAUCGCAACUUUAACUGAAAGUGAAACCAAAACAACAAUGCAUGUCUUCUCCGAUCAUGCUGGCGUUCGCAUUGAUCCCCUUGGUGUUGGAGUAUCGAAUCAAGGUCUUAAUCCCGCUACAGCAACACCUGACAUGCGCGGUGUUCGAAUCAGUCCUAGACAAUCGCCUAUUUACCAAUCAUCGUCAAUCUAUGGUCCAAUCUCAGUCGUUUCACCAUCGCAAGCUAUUCAUACAACAUGGUGGCAAUUCGAAUAUGAAAACUAA